CACGCUCCGUUGAUACUUGUGCGCCACCUUUGUCAGGCAGCUGAAGAAGAAGAAGUGGAGAUCUCGAGAGCGUAUUGCCUUAUUUCGAUGUGAGAGAACAGGGAUAUUCUGCGAAACGCCGCAAGAAAACCAGGAUACCGCAGCACACUAGGAGAUGACCUUUCUCGUCACACCCAUUGCGACGACGAAGGAAUUGCUGAUAAGCGAGUCCUUUGACUGUUACGACGCGUUCGGUCACGGCACCUUCCAGAAGCGGCUAAUGCUCAUCUGCGUUCUCGGCGCUUUUCUGGCGAACAGCCACGCCUUGGCGUUCCCGCUGAUUUCGAGAGGAGUGGGCUACAGAUGCAAGCAGCCGUUGCCGUACUCCAACGUUUCGGCAGCCGCCUCCGAAGAGUUAGCAGAGCAGCUGGGCCGAUGCCUCGUCUACGAGGACCCAGCGGAACCCAACAACUCGCGGACGGUGGCGUGCCAAGAGUGGCAGUACGACGACGAGCAGGCGAGGACGACCGUCGUGAGUGCGUGGAACCUGGUGUGCCAAAGAAAGCUACUCGUCGCCGGCAUGUCGGUGGUUCAAAAUGCGGGUUCCGCAAUGUUUGUCCUGGUGGCUGGAUACGUGGCGGACAGAAUCGGCCGAGCGCCCGUCCUCGUAGCUGCGGCUCUGGUGCUCAUGGUCUCCGCGCCCGCCGGCUGCUUUUCCAGCGACUACACGACGCACGCGGUUCUCAAGUUCUUUAGCGCGGGAAGCUCUGUCUUGACCCUGAUCUUCUCGGCCAUCUCCCUCUUCGAAGUGACAACCCACGACAACAGACCACUGCACAUAGCUGUCUGCAGCACGCUCGGUCUGUUGGCCUGCGACGCCUGGUACUUCUUCAUGCUGCAGUGGAGCCUCAGGUGGGAGAUUGAACUGGCCGUCUUCAUCCUGCCGGCCACGAUACUGCUGCCGGCCUACCUCACGGUCCACGAGUCCCCGCGCUGGCUGAUUGCUAGGGGUCAGUACGAGAGAGCGGAAGGUGUCAUACUGGCCGCGGCUGAUGCGAAUCACUUUCCCCUGCCGCGCGCCGCCUGCCUACUGGACAGGCUGAGGGCGGAUAUGAACCGCAGCGCGAAUCGCAGGGCGACCAUCGUCGAAGCGCUUCUCAGCGGCUUCUCCAUCCGGCGGCGCGCCCUCAUCAUGUGUGGCUGCUUCUUUUCCAACACGUUCGCGUUGUACGUCGCCGUCUACACCAAGGAACAGCUGAGCAUGCCUUGGCAGCCGUACAGCGCGUUCUUCUUUAACUUCACGGGUUACGCGAUUAUGCACCUGCUCAUCAGGAAGUUCACCAUGCUCACUGUCACCGUCACCCUGUUCGCGGUGCUCUGCAUGGUCCAGUGCCUGCUGAUCCUGAACGUCGCCGCCGGCGAAUCGGUCGUCAUCGUCGAGGCGCUGACCGAGGUGCUUGUUGCCUUCUACUACACCGGCACCGUCAUCUGCUCCGUCUACGUCCUUGAACUCUUCCCGACGGGCUUGCGCGCCACUGCCAUGGGCUGGACGUUCGCCUUCGGCCGCCUCGGAGGGGUUUGCGCCGUCCUCUCCCUUGUGCUUAAGAACAUCGGCCGCGUGAAGUUGGCGCUCGUCGCGGCGGAAUUCUUCCUGUUCGUGUCGCUGUUGAUGCUGCGCAGUCUCCCGCCCGCCACCACGGUCGAGUGCACCAAGAUGGCGUCCAGGCGCACGUCGGUACAGACCGUGCUCAACAUCGAGCGCAUGAAGAACACCCUCGAACAUGGCCGGGCAGCUCUUUCUGCUGCCGCGAGCAGCAGAAAGGGCAAGAACAGCUCCGAGAGCACCAAGACGGCAUCCACCUCGCGCAGCAGCCGCUCUCGCCGCGUGAAAGCCAAGAAAUAAAUGGCGCUAUUACGCGCACUUCGAGUCGCAAGGACGAUGAAGAGCUGCAGUUUCAUCGGCACCGCUGCCGCAACUGCGGAUUGUGUGUCUGCAUGGCACCCGUCUACGAGCCAUCUCCAUGUAUGGGAUGGACUCAGACGACACCACAUAUACGAUGUCGGCUUUCUUAUGAGUCGGGCUAACCAGUUUCGUAGAUUUUUUUUUUUUUUCGUAUUAGUUGAGCGGACAUGAGAGACGGACGGGACUAUUUUGAAGAGUGUCUGAAUAUCAUUUCGCGCUUGUGCAUUCUUAUAUAUGAAUGGCGGACGGCUAACCGAAAAUUAGCAAAAGUACUUUUCUCGGUGGCCUUUAUUGAAGUUCACUAUCUCUCUCGCUUCUCACGUUAUUUACGUAUCUCAGUCAUUUACUCAUCCUUUACUAUUUCAAUGCAGCAGUUAAAUAUAUAUUCCUCACUACUAAAAAAACUAAGCCGCUAGACGCCGUGCAAAUUAACAUGUGGUUCAUUUACAUAUGUGAUAAAUCUGGAAGCGCAGGCCCCUUCGUAACACAAGGUCUUAAGUCCCUACAUGUGAUGAACGGAUAUAAAGAAACAUG